CACAAAACAUUUUAGUCUUGUAAACAUACGAAAUGUCUCCUGAAAGGAAAUGGGUAUGAUCAGAAACUGGGUGAGCCAUUCAAAGACUGCUGCUUUAAUCUGGUUCAUCUCUUUCGCCUUGUUUUACUCUCUCUUCCACAUGGCUCUCAACAAUUCUUCCCUUUCUUCUUCAGGUUCUGAUAUUUCAAAUAUGGAGCAAAGGUCGCAAUUGUAUGAUAGAAUGGCAAGGGACUUAGAUGAACAUGGGGCAGUUUUCCUUAAACAAGGCAAAACUUCUAGUUCAUUGUCGCUUUCUGAUCUCUUCACUUUGAAAGAUGGAUCUGUAACACCUGUACUGAAGGCAGCAAAUCCUCCAGUACGGGCUAAUGUUUUGUAUCUGAGCACAGAAUACUCAGUGCCCAUCUUGGAUGCUGUGAAACGCAUAUUUGGUCCAUACUUUGAAAAAGCAAUCUGGUUUCAGAACUCUAGCCUGUACCAUUUUAGCAUGUUUCAUGCCUCGAACCAUAUUGUUCCUGUUCCUGCAACUGAAGAAGAGAUUGAAGCUGAAGCAACUGCGGUCAGAGCUGUAGCAGAGGCAAUCUGUCCAUUAGAAAUUGUCUUAGAUAGAGUGGUUCUAACCUCAACUGGUGUGCUUUUGGGUUGCUGGCAGGUGAUUUCGGGUACAGAUCCCAUAACCAUUCGUGCUAACUUGAGAACAGCACUUCCACAAGCACCAGAGAAGCAAAUUUAUGAUGCUGCCAUUCUUCAUACGUCAUUGGCGAGGCUAGUUGGCCCCCCUAAGGCUACACCUACGGAGGCGCAAAAUACUUCAGAUGAACUGCAAUUCUUCCACAAGCUUGUGGCUGAGCUAAACAAUCAAAUCCGUGGAUUUAAGGUGAGUUAUAAUACUUCUACAGCAUUUUAAAUAAAUCUCUAUUCUCUACACGUUCAAAUGCAGUGAAGAUACCAUUUGGCCACAGGAAAAGGCAUCCUUCCUACCACAUUUCUUUGCACGGUUUGUUUUUCUCUGGAUUUAUAUGUUGGCAUUAAACCUUACCUGAAAACAUAAUUCAGGCAGCGGUAUCUGAGCUCUGGUACGUCGAGGAAUAUGAUCUCUUGGCUCUUGCCUUAGAUGGAAGAAUGAAAGUCCGGAGGUUCCCACUCGGUUGCUCAAGAACCUGAAGUUCCAAAUAUGACAGAUAAUUUAAACCGCAAUGUUUGGAAUUUUCCAACUUACACCUUGUAAAGUUAGACACCGUUUCGUUUGUAAUUUCAUUGCUCUUAUACACAGGUAGAUUAAAUAUUUGAUGAUGAGGUAUACAAGAUAAAAUAGCACUAUUUUUUAAAAUCCCUCUUCAUCUUUCUUAAGUUUUGAAUUUGAGAUUUAAGGCUAUCAAUUUUUACUAGUAGAGACAUGGGGCUAACCAAAUAUAAACAUCUGUUAGCACUUCGUGAUGGAUUGCUUGAAAUUGCAAAUACUGUUGAACUAUUAUUUA